UGCCGGCUGGUGGGCGGGAUCCUUGACACGGAAGCGUGUCUUUUCCGCGCGCGUGUGUAUCGGCAGCCAUUUCCGCUUUUUCUAGUCGCAUGGAGCUGCCGGCGUUUGAGCUCAGCACGUUCCGACGCUUCAUCCGCAACCUCCGCGAUUUGCCGCCGAUCCUCGUCGUCCGCGACUACAUUGGCCGCAACGCGUACGCGGUCGUGAGCAAGGGCGAGCUGCGCGACGACGCGGUCGCGCUCAAGCGCAGCUUCGCCAACGUCACGAGCCGCGAGCACUUGGUGCGUGAGACACACCUUCUCUCGGGGCUCGAGCACCCGAGCAUUGUGACGUGCCAUGGCGCGACGUGGCGCGGCGGCGCCAUGGACUCGGCGCGCAACGACCUCUGCUGCGUGCUCGAGUUUAUGGAGGACGGCAACCUCGAAGACUACUUGCGUGCGCACCCGUCGCUCCCGUGGUUUCCCGUGAAGCUGCAAUGGCUCUACGACAUUGCACUCGGGCUUGCGUAUCUGCAUCGCGUGGGCUUCAUCCACCACGACCUUGAGCCGUGCAACGUGCUUUUGCGGGGCGACCAUGCCAAGCUCUGCCAGUUUGGCCAGUGCCUCCACGCUUCUGAAGAAUUCGACGAGGUCGCGACCACUGCGACGUACGCUGCCCCUGAAAUCGCCGUCGAGAACUGCAAUUUGCCCGAAAGCGACGUUUGGUCGUUUGGCGCACUUCUGGCAACCAUGGACCGGCACAUGGCGUCCUUUCUGCGCAACGACGAAAACGACGACAAUGACGCGAAUGACGCGAAUGACGCGACGAUGUUGACGCUCAAGAUGGCGCACGCACUCGCGGAGGAGCACAUGACACCCGCGUUUGCCCAUUUAUGCCCGCCCGAAAUCCUGUCGCUGGCGCGCGACUGCUUGCGCAUGGACCCUUCCUGUCGCCCGACCGCCGACGAGCUCGUCGCUCGCAUCGAGACGAUCGCAGACGAGUACAACAUGGUGUUGAAGCCUCUGCCCAUGUCGGCAGUCGCCGAGAAGCGCGAAGCCGAGCUUCGCAAGGUGCUGCCACCGCGGCGACGACGCUACUGACCGCGCCGGCUCUGGAAAGAGGUGGUGGACGUCUUGCCAAAUGGCUUUGAUCGUUUAUAAUAGUAUUUUCUCGAGUUCCGA